AUCUAGCCACACACCCGUUUAAAUCCCCCUUCGUCUCAAACUUCGGGUACACCGCUACGGUGACCUCUAUAUUCGGCAGCGCAUGGUUGACUAAGGCGCGCAGAUGAUCAGGGAAGCUUCCAAAUGUAUUCUCUCCGCCCUAUUGACUGCGCUGUUAAUAUUACCAAAGCUCCUCCCAUCCGUAAUGCGCGAGGCGGCGGCGCGAGGGGUGGCACACCUUGAAACCGUGGAUAAAUACCAAAAGAAGGGUUCUCUUCAUGAUACCCGUGAAUCUCGGAACAUAUUCUUCAUGGUUGACGGUCUUGGAAACGGUCCUGAAUGAGGCAGAGUUCUACUUCGCAAAUGCGGUUGUUAUGUUAUGGAUAGUUGGCCGCCGUCCCCUUCCCAGGCAUUUGGCGUCACAAGCAGACAGUUGUCACAUGAUCUCAUAGGGCUGACCCUUCCGUCGACCCUCCCUCGAAUCGAUUAGGAUACAACCAGUCUGAAAUUUGAACCAGGAACUAAUAUCUCAAUUGUUAGACUUCGGGAAAGAUCCAAAGACUAACAGGAAAUGGCAUUUCAAAAACAUCCAGUCUUCACCAUCUAAUUUAAAUUGAAAUAUGCAAGUCUAAUAUAACAGGGAGCAAUGGUGUUCAAAGUUUAGGAAACGAAGCUCUUAGCAUGCCAUCCUGCAUCAUCGUCGCGACCAGCGUGCCAUCAGGGCUCCAAAUCUGGGCUUGGAAGAGACCUCGGUUCUCUCCUGAUCGACUCGUUUGUGCUUCCAGCGCGAACCACUUCUUCCGCGCUGCUUCCUUAGGGGCAUCCCAAUCUAUCAUUCUCAAUGCCGGCCCAUGGGUGUGGAAGAUCACGGUAUGGCUUAGACUCGCGAUAUUGGUAAUAUCAUAGACCAUGUCGUGAGCCCACGCAAUGACAAGUAGCGAACUGCGGUCACUCUGGUAUAGAUGGGCACAGAUAUAGAGAUUAUCGUACUCUCCCGCCUCGUCAGCCUUCCGAAUCUCUUCGAGUGUGCCGGCAUCUGCUUCGUCUUCGAGGCCAGGUAGCCCCAAGAGCCGAUAGAAUUGCAGGUGGCGAUACCGAUCUUUAUGGUUUCGAGCAUCCACUGAUUCAUUGUAUUCAUCCAUCGCUACCUUCCUUGACUCAACGCCAGCGAAAUGCAAUUCUUCACUUAUGCGUUCUUCAACCUUGGGGUUCCAUGAUGCCCUGUCGACGAAGGGCGCCAAUGGGUGGUCCUCUAUCCUCUUCCCCGCCAGGACGACUUUAUAUCUCUCCUGGAUAUCUGCGACUGGUUGAUGCUGGAAAUUGUACCUCCGCUCUGCCCGUUUAAAACUACAGAGAGCGCUGAAACACACACCUUGGCCUUGUGAAACAUCUACGGCGCGAAGGCAGUAUGUUGAACCGUCUCUAACAUGGCGCACUGAAAAUGUGAAGGGGAUCCCAUCCAACCCUGGGAGCGUGAACGAGCCUGUUAUAUUCUGAACAGCCAUAGUUAGUUACUGCUGUCCUCUUUUUGAAAUAUAGCGCAAGCUGUUGGAUCUGUACAAGUUGGUGAUAUCUGAGCUGAAAUAUUAUUUGUUCGCCUUCGCGCUGGUUUCAGGUUUGUUUGGCACACACAUAUUCCUUCCGUCAAACACUUAUACUGCACAGGUGCCUUUCAACCUACCUGCCUAGCAGGCGCAGAGCAGUGUCCACAACAACACAGUAAACAAAAUAAAAAUGGGAACAGGUAAGUAACUUUAGGUCCUUACAUGUAAAACGAAACCCUUCCCGACAGUCUUUGAUGCAGCAUAUGCCGACUGGGCGUAAACGUGUCCGCCAUACGCAACUUUAAAAUCGUCUGGCCGAUACGGGGCCAUCCGGGCCCGAAACCUCUCAAAUCGAAAUGAUUCCCCAUUCUGAGCGCCAUUCGCACAGCUGUCGCAAGAUCCACCGUUGCCCGUAGCAUCUCCGUUCUCAUCUAACCUUUCGAGGGCCAUCAACUUGACAAAUGGAUAUGCGGGCGGUGCGGAGGGUGCGGCGGGAUGUUCUUCAUCAUCGCUUCUGUCGCUUGCGCUUUGCACAGAGCUGUUUAUUGGGGGUGGCCUUGACAUGGUUUGAAGAGCAUCCUUGUUCUAUGGCCAGAGUAUGCGUGUGGGCUUGGGGAAGAUGUGAGAUUGAGAAAGGAAUAUAAAGUUGAAACGGGACUUCUUAUCGAGUGGUUUAUGACUGAGCUGGGAGAUGAAAUGAUUCCGCAAAAUAUGGGCAAAGAUAUGGGCCCUCCCUUUUCAGCUACAAAAAAUUAGCUGCCCGGGAGAAGAGCCUCUGCGAAAAAUCCCUGUCGACAUCACAACUGAAACCUCACAUAUCGAAAUGCCGAGGUAUUCUUGCCGGAAAUCUGGAGUCGGCCAUAUCAAUCUGUGGCUUCGGCAGUUCCGGUUGUCGGGCGGGAAAGCUCUCGGUGUGGACAAUUAUAUAUAACUGCUCCGUACGGAGUAGUUACAGAGUACAGCGUACUACUAGUUUGUCUUGUUUGUCUCGUCCUAGCUUCCCAUACCAAAUUAGUACUUACAUAGGUGAUGUUAUUUGAUGACUCGAGUGCAUUUGCCUUGGCCUGUUUAACUGCCCGCCAUUCUGGCGUGCAGCGGCUUCCAGGUUGUCAAUGAUGUAGACUUAUAGGUGAUCGCCGCGGUGAAGUCCAAAGGUAUCAGUUCGGAGCAUUAGUGGUUCCUUGGUAGUUGCCGCUACGAUCGUAUUUCCCAGGCACCCACGCCCUACGCUACGUACGUAGGAGUUCAACUCUGAGGGGAGCUUGCUGCCUGGCAUGCUGUUGAAAACGUCCCCGCGAAGUCUAUAUAACAAGAAACGUGUUGGACCUCUCUCACGAGAGUGGAAUGAUCUGAGCGACUCAGGCAGUUGUUGUUUUGAAGUUGUGUUCGCUGUGUCCUUUGAUGAACAAGCAGAUAUACGAGCCCAACAAUCCUAUUCAUCAAAAUUAUCAUUAAAUAACCAUGCCCCGCUUCAUUGUGGUGGUCCUCCCAGACGCCGACGCCGAGUCUGGCAGGAUGCCCACGACCCAGGAGCUUGCAGACAUGACCGCAUUCAAUGAGCAGCUCGUCAAAGCCGGCGUCAUGGUCAGCGGAGAGGGUCUGCUCCCCUCCUCACGCGACGGGUACCGCCUUUCAUUUUCCACCGCUGCCGACCCCGUUGUCGUCAAGGGGCCCCUUGAGAACCCGGCUCUCAGUGGCUGGUGGGUGAUCAAGACCAAGGAUGUUGAUGAAGCACUCGAGUGGUGCAAGAAGAUUCCGUUCAAGUCUGGCGGGGUGGAACUGAGACGCAUUGCUGCGGAGGAGGAUUUUGGGCCGGAGCUCACUGAUGAGCUAAAGGCGCGAGAAGGGGCUAUGAGGGAGGAGCUUGCGGGAGGCAAGCCCUAAGGAUGGAUACAUGCGGACUGGAGUCCGAUGGAGGCGCAGGUUUUUAUGACUUCGACGAUGUUUACUUCAGAUUUGACGUUAACACCACCACCCACUCCGGAAGGAAGCCCUCCCAGGAAUUUCAAUCUUUGGUACUUGUUCCUUUUUAUCUUAUGCGGUGGAAGUGAAAGGAACUAUCUUGACUUGAAGGACUAUGCCUGUCAACAGGUAGAGUUCAAAAUACUUGAAUCAACACUCUGUCGCUCUCUAGCUAUAGCUCAUUUUGUAUGUCUAUAGGUUGCACUCUUUUACUCGCACAAAUAUAUGCAAGUUUGAUCUCAGCCUCCUUGCUAAGAAGACUGAGCACGUCACUUUUACUCUGGUACAUGUACAUGAUGUGGUGUAUAUGAGGAGUGGAGGCGCUCCGCGCCGCUGGAUACACAUAUAUGCCAAUGCCAUCCACCGCAUCCCACUCCACCCCAAUAAUCCCAAAUCCCACUACAGCUACAGCGAGCUAUCUUGACGAAAAAAAGUCCUCUCCUAGCCAAACCAUGCCGUGGGACGAUCUAUCCAUCCACCCGGGCUUCUGAGCAAUCGCACCUCCCACCAAACCGUAUAUCUCAUCUCACCCACAAGUGCAGCUGUCAGAAAUAGUGUUUGAAAAAGAAAAGCUUCCAUUGAGAAGAAACCUACUCCAGAUCUCUGUAUGAGUUUCUUUUGUUGUUGUCCUCCCGUGUAGGGCUGAUGUUUAUCCUGUUACCAAUGCCAUCAGCAAAUCUGAGUGUUUCUGUUCUUGUUUUGCGAGACGCUCUUACCUUUGGCCGUGAGUUUUGUUUGAUACGAGCCCGCGGUAUCGAAGAGUAAUCUCGAAGACUGAAUUAAUUUUUGUAAACUGGGAAUUGUGGGCCCUUAAUCAAUCAAUCAAUCAAACUAUAUUGAUGUUGUAGUAAAAGGUAAGAUUUCCCCCAAGUCUCCCUCCCUCCCUCCCUCCCUCCCUCCCCCGACAUAAUCUAAACCAACGAUAUAUAUAUAUUUGAGAAGCCUCCCUGAGCUUUAGUUUACACCCAUCACGGUCAACGUGAGCGGGUCCUGUCCCGUGCACGGCCAUCCCAUACAUACAUACAUACAUACAUACAGACUCCGUGUGCCUACGUAAAAUGCACCAACCAACGAGACAGACAAGAUAAGAUAUCGUCUAAUAUCUUCUCUCCCCCUCCUCUUUCUUCCCUUUCCCCUCCGUCCAUGCCUCGCGCAUUAAGCACUGCCUGGCAAUUGCAUCAUGUCGUGCGUGACGAUAGAAAGAGGAGAGGGGUAGGGGGGGAAAGGAGCGGAAGUAAAAGAGGGAGGAAUGAUAUAUAUCAAUCAAUCAAUCAAUCAAUCAAUCAAUUAGGGAUUGGUGAAUGUAUACAGAGAGUAAAUAUUCAUAACAAUCUUGAAAAAAAAAAGCUUAUUCUGUUUAUAAUUAUAACAAUUUUCC